AUGUCAAAAGACAUCGAGCUCCAACAACCCCACGCUUUCGGCAGCGACUCUCUACACAAGAAAGAAAGCGAGCUCAAAGGCCAAGCCGGAGAUCUCGAUGAAGCAAACAUAUUUCUAAGACAGCACAACAUUACACCAGACUACAUAGCCCAACUACUUGAUGACGAAGCAGCCAACAAGCGUGUAUCCCGGAAAGUCGACCUGCGACUACUCCCGCUACUAUGCGGGACCUACUUCCUCCAAUUCAUCGACAAGCAAGCGAUCAGCUACGCCGCUGUCUUCGAUCUCUUCGAGACAACCGGCAUCACCGGCGCACAGUACUCGUGGCUCGGCUCCAUCUUCUACUUCGCCUACCUGGUCGCUGAAUGGCCGUCCGCAUAUCUCGCUCAGCACUUCCCGACCGCCCGCGUGGUGUCCACCUACUGCUUCUGCUGGGGCUCCAUUAUGCUGAUUACCGCUGCGACGAAUAACUUUGCGGGGUUUGCAGCGAUGCGGUUUUUACUAGGGAUUUUUGAGUCUGUUGUUACGCCGGCGUUUAUGAUGAUCGUAGGUAUGUGGUACAUGGGCAACCAGCAACCCGCUCGCGCAGGCAUGUUCUACUGCUUCAACGGCAUGGGAUCCGCCAUCGGCGGCAUCCUGUUCUACGGCGUCGGCUACGCGAAGACUUUUACCGUCUGGAAAAUCAUAUAUUUGAUCUGUGGCAGUAUGACGGUGCUCUGGUCGUUACUGCUCUUCUUUAAACUCCCCGACAACAUCAUGUCCGCGAAGAACUUUUCCGUGGAGGAGAAAGCGCUGCUGAUUGCGCGCGCGGCCAAGAAUCGCACUGGUGUGUAUAAUCGGACUAUCAAGCCGCGCCAGGUUCUCGAGGCUUUGACGGAUGCGCAGAUUUGGUUACUUUUCGUUUAUGUACUCUUGAAUGAGGUUAUCAAUGGCGGGUUGGCCAACUUUGGUAAGCUGAUUCUCAAAGACGUGGCUGGUGGCGAUCCGCUGCGUACGACGCUGUACGGAAUUCCGGCGGGCUUUGCACAGGUGUUUUGGGUCUUUACGGGCCCGUUUCUUGCGUCUCGUCUGCCGAAUGCGCGUACGUAUAUGAUGGCGCUUUACCUGUGUCCUACUAUUAUCGGGACUACGUUGAUAUGGCAGUUGCCGCGGACGAAUCUGGCAGGGUGUCUUGCGGGCUACUAUUUGGUUGGCUCGUAUGUUGGCGGACUAGUCAUCGCACUUCAGUUUCCCGCGUCUAAUGUUGCCGGAUACACGAAGAGGACGACAGGAACGGCGUUUGUUUUUCUGGCAUAUUGUAUUGGUAAUAUCAUUGGACCCCAAGCCUUCCUAGCCAAAGAAGCCCCCAUCUACGAAACAGGCGUCAGGACAACCUUAGCUUGCGCAGUCGCCCAGUUCUUCCUCGCAUUCACCAUACGCGCAUUGCUUGUGCGACGAAACGCCCAGCGCGACCGCGAAGAAACUGAAAGCCACCAGGGUAGUACUGCCAGUGAUAUGGGCAUCAUUGAGGAUGCUACUGACUUUCAUAAUCGAAAGUUUCGGUACAGACUGUAG